AUGGCUCUGAUCAGCCCCCAGGACCCCGUCCCUCAGCCGGACCAUCGAACAGUCUUCCACUCGCAGCUCUUCCUCAGUGGUGAUUACUGGAGAAACAUUAGAGUAACGUGUGCUGCGCUGUACUCCUACAAGCCCCGUCGUUCUGAGGAACUGGAGCUGAGGAAGGGGGAGAUGGUGGGGGUGUAUGGGAAGUUUAAGGAGGGCUGGCUCAGAGGCCUCUCUCUACGGACGGGCAAAGUGGGCAUCCUGCCCGGCAACUACGUCACACCUGUCCUCAGAACCUCUGCCAGGCUCUUGGAUUCCAAGGCAGUGACGGCAGGCCCUGGUACAGUCUCUGGAAAAAGAACCUCCUCGUCCUCCAAAACGCCAGCGGUGGUUCUAGCUCUCGACAGGGUCAACUCAGAUGGAACUAGUUACUCUACUGGACAACGGGCUCCGCAGCCGUCUGUAUCCAUGGCCACGCAGCCUAUGAUAUCAUCAGGCGGCGCCACGAGACAAUCCCUGCAUGGGGUGGGCUCGGAGGGAUGGGACACAGUGAGGAGGGUCUUCCAUCGUUCACACAGAGGCUCAUCUCAGCGGGGAAAACACUACCCCCACACCACCAUCUCAUCCAGCUCAGCCCUUCAAUCCCAGACCCACAGUCAGAGCUCGUCCCAGAGCUCGUCCCAGUGCAGUAACCACUACCCCCACACUACCACCGCCACCUCAGGCCUUCAGCCCCAUUCUCAGUCCCAAUCUCACAGCCAGAACUUUAGCCACAUCCAGGGCCCUGGCUUCUCCCCUGCUCUGCUCAGGAAGAAACAACACAUGAGCAUCCUGCCCAAUCACUACAGAUCUCUGGCCUGGAUGUCUGAAGGGCCAGCGCCCCCUAGUGGUAGUUUUAUGAAGGACAGGGACACUGCUGCCAGAGAGSUGUUUGAUAGGCAGGUGUUGGAGACGAGGUGUAACGCUGUAACGCACAGCGUUGAGGUGUUGAAGACGAGACAAGCAGCAUCGAAUGGUCAGCACUCCAUACACUCUAUCCUAGUGAGACCAGACGCCCUCAAGAACAACACAGAGAAGCCCACCAAGUCAGUGCGGUUCCUGACCCAGCCUGAUUCCCCUCCACCACGGCCCAGGACCACCUCCCUGCCCUCGGGUAGCCAGCCYCCCKCCAGURCYCRSCCWKGUCCMCCUCCCCUGGAGACGGGCCUGGGAUCAUACUGA